UUUCAGCUAUUUUUUCUCUCUAUUUAAUAAAUCCCACAUUGCAAUCUUACCAAAAAACUGCUCAACAUAUCUACAAUAUAACUGGAUAAAAUGUACCCCAAAUCUCGUUACAGCCAGCCAACGCAAGAGCAUCACGUGUUGCCAGCAUCCGAGGCAAGCGAUACAUUACCAAAAAGGCAAUCACUGUUCACGACAAACUUGGAGGAGAAAGAGCCCAAAGACGACACUAUGGUGGCCGGAGCUGUCGGUAACUUCCAUACGGCCCAGUGGAACGACCCGCUGGUUCUGGAGAUGCUGCGUACGAGGGAGCAGAACGCGAAGCAAUACCCGGCGGACUACUCACAUGUGUUCCGAACCAAAUCUCGAUGGGACCUGAUCCGGAUCUCGUUCGUCGUUAUGGGCAUGGAGUUCGCGUACUCGGCCGAGACGGCCUUCGUCUCACCGAUCCUGCUCGGAAUUGGCGUCGAGCACCAGCUGAUGACGCUGGUGUGGGCCAUCUCACCACUGAUCGGGUUCUUCCUGGCACCAAUUUUGGGAACAAUCAGCGAUAGAUGUCGAUUGGGCUGGGGUCGUCGACGACCUGUGCUGCUUGGACUGUCCAUUACGUUGGUCAUUGGAUGCAUCUUGGUGCCAUUUGGAGAGAACGUGGGGAUGCUGUUGGGAGAUUUGGGCGAAGUAAUACCGGAAAGUUCGGCGAAUUUAACGGACACUCUUAGAUCAAACCUAACACAAUUUAAACUGAAUGACUUCUAUCGAGUCGAUCAGGAUUUCUACGACCACGAGAUGGAUUUCAAGUGGGCGAUAGUUUUCACGAUUCUGGGAACGCUGCUGCUGGACUUUAGCGCGGACACCUGUCAAACUCCGUCCAGAGCGUACUUGCUGGAUGUGUGUCUCCCGAAGGAUCACGGUCGGGCUUGUAGUACCUUCUCGAUCAUGGCCGGCGUUGGAGGUAGCGUGGGAUAUGCCAUGGGCGGAAUCAACUGGGACAACACAACGUUCGGAGAGAUGCUCGGAGGUAGCAUCAAAACCGUGUUCACGUUGGUUGCUAUCAUCUACGUUAUUGGGUCUAUACUAACGAUGACGAGCUUCCGCGAGAUCCCGUUGCCGCUGUUGGAAAAAGACGACUUGUUGCGACCACUGACGGAGUCGGCGAUCAAUGCGGAACGGGUAAAACGGAAUCCGCAAAUAAUCAGCAAAGCGUUGACGGAAUCUAGCAAAGAUAUCGCUACGGUGGAGUCCUACCUGGAUGACUCAGAUGUCGAGGAAGAAUCCAGUGCAAUGAGCUUGACGGACUUCUUGAAGAGUAUCUUCAUGAUGCCCAAAUCAAUCGCGAUCCUCUGCUUGACGAACCUUUUCUGUUGGAUGAGUCACCUGAGCUACUGUCUCUUCUUCACCGAUUUCGUUGGCGAGGAAGUCUUCAAGGGUAACCCAGCAGCGCACUCUCAAUCUUCGGAAUACCAACUCUACCUAGAGGGAGUCCGCUACGCGUGUUUUGGAAUGGCUAUCUACUCCCUGGCCUGUUCGUGCUACGCGUUCACCAUCGAGAAACUGAUCAAGGUUCUCCGAGCCCGGAUCGUGUACUGCGGUGGACUGUUGAUCGACGCUACCGGAAUGCUGAUGAUGGCCCUUUUCCCUAACAAAAUUACCGUCUAUGUAUUUAGCGCCACCGGAGGAAUCGUGUACGCGUUGCUUUUCACCAUGCCGUUCCUACUGCUCGGCCAGUACCACGCCAAAGGACAGUUUAAAGUGAGUCGAUCGAACGGUGAAGCGGCUGGCAGCACUGCUUCGGUGGACAAACCGGAGCGGAAGCGAGGACUGGCAACGGAUAUUGCCGUGGUCGGGGGAAUGAUCUUCGUGGCGCAGAUCAUCGUAUCGCUGGGGAUGGGAUCGUUUAUUUCGCUGUUGGGGUCCACGACGGCGGUUAUCUAUGCGGCGGCGCUGUUCAGCUUUCUGUCGGCCAUCUUGGCGACGCAGGUCGUGUACAUGGAUCUGUAGGCAUGCGGUGGAUUAUUUUCAUAGAAUCUAGUUAAUUUAUUUAAGGAUGCGUUGUGUAUGUUUUACCAAUUUAUAUGAUAACUUUUCAAGUAAUGUGAUUAAUAUACAAUGAAAAUGCCUAAUGAAAUCCUUACAAACCCUAAA